UGGAGGCACCCUAUCCGAUCCAUGUUCGCCAAAAUCGACCUCAUCGAGGUCGGAGAAGCGAGCGGAGAGAUGCAGGAGAGGGAGCUCGGCUCCGCCGGCGAAGCGCGGGCGCACGUUCGGAAGCACCACCACCGACGGCGCCACUGCUUCCGCCUCCGCCGGCAGCGAUUCGGCUGCUUCGGCCUCUUUCCUCGGCCAUUCUCUCCAAGUCUCCGUAUCCUUUUCGGGGAAAUCUUGGAAACAAAAGUCAUGGAGUUGAUGAUUGUGUUAAAUGUGCAAAUUGAUGGCUGGCAUGACAUAGCUCUUUCUUGGGACUAUACAAAGCCACCAAGAGUAAAAAUAUUGAGAGCAAAUUCUGUGGUUACAGAUUUUGGGAACGAGUAUGAAACAUUAAGCUGGACUGAUGCCCUAUUCUCACCAGGUCUUGGAAGUGGUCCAUCCAAUACAGAGGCUUCUAGCUGCAAAAAGCAGCAGUCUGUGGAAUGAUGGUUUGAUGAAGAUGGCAUAUUUAAUUUGGAUGAAGAAGGGUGAGAAGAAAAGCAACAAUGUGCUUUUGCUGUGUCUAAUAUCAUCCAUAACUUCUUUUUCAUGCCAGAUAAGGAGGUUAUUAUGGCUCAACAUAGACAUUGCUUGGAAGCAGUAUCUCAACGCAUACAAGAUCACAAUACAAUUGAAAAAAAUAUUCAAUUUAUUGUAUAUCUGAUUCUUCAUUUACUAGCUUGCUUCAACCUGUUUAAGAUCUUUGUCAGAUGUUGUCUCUUGUUCUCUUCCCAUAGUUUUGAAAGGUGAACGGUUAUUUUUCCUUAUGAUUAUUGAUACGGCGACCUUCAAGUUUCAGUUGU